AUGAGCAUAUCUAAGCUGCUCAUUCCCAGUAAGUUUUGUAUAAUCGUCCCCCCCUUUUGGCCAAAAUAACGCGCCUUCCUUGGAUGUGUUUCCUUUUCUAUGUUUAUCUUUUUUUCACUUUUUUGUUCAUAGCCGACUCGCACAGCCGGGCUGAGAGCUGGAAAAAGAAUCGACGGCAUCUGGUAAGUCGCUGUUCUGUCUGUCAGCUUACUCCCCCUGUCUGUGUCAGUCAUUCUAUUAGCUCCGGUAAUGAAUAACAAGCACCACCCUGACGAUUUUUGCACCCGUCGCUUCUCAACUUCAACAGUGCGACGAACAAGUUAAGAAUUUUCUGCGUUUUGCUGUCUUUGUCGUCUGCUUUUGGAUAUCUUCAGAGUCGAAAUAGCCUCGAGCGUGAAAUUAUGAAUUGGAAUCCUUCUGUCGCUUUCCUUCAUGUAACAAAAAUCCUAUUAAGUGAUACUGUGAAUAUGAGGCAACAAAACUGGGGACCAUUUUUCGAUCGUUGGUCGUUUUACUUUUUACGUGUCCACAAUCUAUACGAUACGUAGAACAGUUUUUUAUAGUAUACAACAACGUUCAUGUGUGCUCGAUAGAUUAAAGCUCCCCCAGGUUGGCGGCACCAAUUGGCUGUUUCACUCUCUUUCUCUGUCUACCUUUGCUAUAAUCUGUUUGGUCGCUUUUACGUCUAGUAGCUGAUCGCCUAUUCGUAAUCCCUACCACGAAGUUAAAAGCUGUCUGGUUUUUGGAAAGCAGGCAGAUCAGAGUGCGCCUAUUCUUUCGCAAUGAAUACCCGACAGAGCUUGGAUGGUAGCGAGGCUCUGAUUAACUUCGGCAUGCGGCUGGUGCCUAAACUCUUCCAAAGAGCGCUGAGAUAAUAUCAGGUGGAGAUGGCUCAAUAGUCUACCGCUUUACGUUCCCAGCCUGUAUACCCUAAUGACUGGGUUGUUUAUUCGCAUAGGAAGGUAAUGCUCUGCAAAGUACUAUGCACCAGUUGUGGCGAAACCAGCAUGUUUGUCUAAGCCUGUUUACAGGAACGCCAAAUAGUCAUAAUAAGAAGAGACCAUGUAUCUCAAGUUUCCAUGCACAAACUCGACAUAUACAUGCUUGGCAAAGACCCCACUCCAUUGACCCUUGCCCAACAAGGAGAAGACGCAAAUUCCUGGAGAUAAUGAACCCAAAUGAGACAUGCAUCAUGGAUACAUGGAGUCGAACUAAAUCGAUCUUGACUGGAUGACGAGAUGCAAUGAAGGCACAUUGGCGCAAAAGUCAACCAGCUGUAUAAUAUUUUGUAACGGACGUUUAAUUUUAACUAUUUUUGUACUUCGCCUAUACGGUUGACGGCGAAUCGGGAAGCCAGCCUCCAAAGUCCAAAAAUGGGCGUCUUCAGUUGCCUAGCAACUUAGAGUUGGCCAGACAAACACGGACAGUCUUUGUCGACGCCCUUUCUACUUACUAAGGCAAUUGGUCACUUCCCGAUCGGAUAUGUGGUUGUUGAUUGCGAGUCGCAUGACCAUGUGGCUUUGUUAGUUCGCUCUGCAAAGUGUUGCUCACCAUUCUAGAAACUCACUGCUACCGCUUUAAUCCUCAUAUAUACUGUUUUUUUACUAUCAGGCCUAUUCCACUGUCGGUACCCCUGACUACAUCGCCCCCGAAGUCUUUCAACAAAAAGGCUACAGUGCCUCAUGUGAUUGGUGGUCCUUGGGCGUCAUCAUGUAUGAAAUGCUCAUUGGUGAGUAUACGGCCAGCUCUUACUUCCCACUGCAAUAUCCAGUUACAAAAACCUCUAUGGUAAUCGGUUUUUGCUCACCCUAUCUCCCUGUGCCCUUGUGUUUAGCUAGGUAUUUCGCUAUUUUUCGAGCAUGGCAGUCCAAAGACAAGCUUGGGCCAAUUAGCUAAUUGAUAAAGCCAUGGAAACCAAGGUAGUAAAAGAAGGUUUAGGUUAUUUUUCUCCCAUUGUGUGCCUUCUAGUGUUCUAUCCUAGGGUGACUCCGUUGGUCAGUUGUCCGCAGAUCUUGCUGCGACAACCGGAACGGCACCAUUUAAAACAACCAUUUAGCUCCACAACGAAGGGUCACGCUCGUCAAACUUUGCGGUAGCCGCCAUUUAGUACACCAUGCAGAUGUGAACAUACACGCACGACAGUUUUGUUGUUACAGGUGAUGAUGUUCUUCGCGCAGCAGUUACUUGUGCGCAAAUUAGUUUAUCAUGCGGCAGGCUUUCACCGCACCUACCUCACUCCCUCUCAAACCUGCCCCGUCUCGAUAGCGAUGGAAAAUCAGAACAAGUGGAGGUCGGCAUGUGCGCACUAACUGGCAAAUCUGAACACCCCGUCUGCACAUGCCACGCGCGUCCCAGUAAAGGGAGCUCUGGAUCUCUCAUAAUUGAGAGGUCCAUAACUACCGCAUUAAGAAGACCACUGCAGUCUUACCCUCAGCCCUGAAGUUGACCCCGGUCAUCUGGCGACCGUCUAAACUACAACUGAUAGUGUGCCGCGGUAAAUUCAAACGUGUCAGUGUGAUUAUGGUGAAGAAUUAUUCGGCAUGUCGUGAGCAUGGAUUCCUCAGUAUCAACCUCACUCUCUCUCUCUCUUUCCUGCUCAAUUCAUCAGCGACCUGCGAGUCUACCAAUAAUGCGAUUGUACGCAGUAGUUAACGCGGCGUGAAAGCCUCCGUCCAAAGCACGCCAUACGUACACACACAUGCUAACCCUCAAUGUGUGACAGAUACGUUGUUCCAAAGAGGAGUCUCGCUGACAAAGUUUGCCGGACUUCGUCGAGUCUGCACUAGCCCUUAACCACCGCCGUACACUCCUGUUUACAGCCGGCAUACUCACUUUUCACCGACGGUGUAAAGUCGUGCGGGAGUGGCGUUGACCAAUUUAUAUUGAUUUCAGGGGAAUGUGGGCGUUUCACUUACCCUUUGGUCUCCGGUCUAAAGUCCUCACAGACUCGUGUUUAUGGACAAGCAACCAGUGCUCGAGAAGCAGUACCAACAGUGACAAGGGAGAGCAGGGUGGUCAUUUCUGGUUUGUUUAUAAGCCGAGAUUUGGUUCGCAUGUAUGGCUGGCUGAUAACGGCAGCCGAAAUGACUGUUCCAGUCUUUUUGUCUCUGUCAGUUCUACCUCUCCAGGAAGUCCAUGCCGAGUUUACUGAGAACGCCCAGUAUAGAAGCAAUGCAUAUCUAGGUAAAGGAGAAGGCUUAUGUCUGACUUUCCGGACUCCUGCUGAAAUGCAUCACAGAGGGCAGGCAAGUCCGCGUAUUGAUGGUGAAUGUCUACUGGCGUCAAUAUUGGUAUUUUUGCCGCCCCGCCGGCGAUAUCGUUCAUGCGUUAUUUACCUUUUCGAGCAUAUUGUGUGGAUAACAGUUUGAUAUACUCGUUGAGGUCGAUUAGAGAGAUACCUGUCCCGUACUCAGUUACCCCUUUGCCGUUUUACCGUCGGGCGUUGGGCACCAGUUGGGGCUCAAGAACGGAUAAUGGCAAAAUUGUCGCCGUUUCCUCCUCUAACCUCGGGUUUUGGACUUACAUCGUUGACCUUACUACGUAAGAUCGCGUUUUCAGAAAAUGUUACAUUAUCCGGUAAAUUUAAACCGGCCAGAUAAGGAAUUUUAGGACCGCUUCGGGAUGUAGCAGUGUUUGUGCCUAUAUCCAUUAGUUCAUGUAUUGUUUUAUUACCUCCAGGCUAAAUACUUUACCGCGGAACCAAAAGCCCUGCCUGCUCUAAGAUUAAAGUCUAUGCAGAUUCCCUUUAAAUGCUCAUUUGUUUGUGCCCAGACCCUGGGACCCUGUAAUCCUAUGCCGUGGCUAGUUCGGACCUAGCAUUUAUACAAACACACUAUCCUCUUUUUUUUCAGGCUACCCACCCUUCUGUUCUCCCGAUGCCCAUGAGACCUACAGGAAGGUCAUGAACUGGCAGGAAACCCUCAUUUUCCCUCCCGAGGUGCCAAUCAGCGCAACAGCGCAUAACCUCAUUACCCUCUUUUGUACGGACGCCGAGAAACGCCUGGGAGCCGUCGGCGGUUUAGAAGAGAUUCGUAAACAUCCCUUCUUCGCUGGCGUGGACUGGGAGAACAUUAGGGAGCGGCCGGCGGCGAUACCUGUGCAGAUACGUUCUAUCGACGACACGAGCAACUUUGACGAGUUUCCCAAUGAGGACCUCAGUUGGCGUAAGUGCACUGCUGCCCACUCUUCGUAGGGCUAGUUGUCAGGAAGGCAGCCUGCAGUUUUGUCAUUCGGCGCAUGACCCAGCACCAUUUUCACCCUGGGACUAACUGUUAGACAGUUGCAGCGUUAGAAGGCACGUGGUAUAAAACUAGAGUACUGGCAAAUUUAAGAGGAAGAAUCAGCAACGAUAGGAUGAAGGACCUCACUUAACUGUGGAUCGUUUCAUGUGGGGUUUCAUCUUGGCAUCCAAUCGCAGGCCGUUGCAGACAUUACACCGCUAACAGCAGUUACUUUCCAUGACUCGAACUCCGUUUUUUUAAAAUAUGCUUUUUGUUUUAUUUACGCGAUCAUUUCCGUUGUCAUAAGAAAGACUACGACAAGACUUUCAGCCGAACCCCGAAUAAUUUCUGUUUUCUUGCAUUUUGUCAGUUUACUGUCUAGCGUGCUGCCCCACCCGUAAAACCCUCAUUACCACCAUUCCCGUACUCUACACGAUCCGCAGUCUACCGAGAGUUGAGUGGGGUUCUUCACCCUGCUGUUGCCGAAAGGACCUUCUUGUUGUUUUAUUCCCUACAAACGUCCCCAGUCGCGCUUACCUGACUGCUACGUGGUCACAGACAAGACAGUUCGACCGUCGUUACCGACGAUGUCAGCCGUGUUCUCCACAGCAGGACGAGGGCAGAGACGGUGACUUGCGCACGAAUUAAUUUAUGGUGAUAGUAAACUUGCACAUCAUCUGUCGCACUCUCUCCUCCGUUCCCCUGAGUCCGGUGUCAUGACUAGGACAGGAUAACCAGGAGCGAUCUUGGAGUCAGUGGCUGAGAAGGCUAGGCAGACCGUCUGCGAGUGCCCCACAUGAACUGGUCCCCACACAGUGCACCAGGCUUCACACCAACAGGGAGCGGCUCAGACGCCAUCUGAGUGGGAGUGCCAUAUAGGCCAUUACGCCUACCUCUCGGUCCGCCAGUCAGUUGCCUCAUAUAUCUAUGGGUCACAGGGAUUGAGUUACUCUGUCAGUUGGAAACCUCCUUAGCCACAACGCUUGGCGAGUCGUGAUUGUUUCAAGAGCGUUAUAAUGGCUAAAGUGAGAAAUGCGCCGACGUGCCGUGUGGAGGGGGUUCCAUGUCUCCACCUCACAGUAUCUUCCUUCUUUCAUGUAGCGGUCUACUGUUCAAACCUGUCAGCCAGCCGUUAACGGGAUUAAGCGCAGUGGCUGACAGAUUUCCACAACCCGUGAUAGUAAACUUGCGCAGCAUCUGCCGCACUCUCCUCCUCCCCCACCUGGGUCCGGUGUCGAGACAGAGUCAAGAAGAUCGGAGGUGAGAGAGGUGUCUGGCACGGCAAAACCCGCACCUAGGCGUACCACCGCAUCCCCUGGUCCACAACGGACACUGACCAGAGUUUUGCAAAACAAGAAAAAAAGGAGGGUCGGCUCGGACCCCGACUGGCACGGUAUGAGCCUGCAACCAGGCGCGUCACCACACCCCCAAUGUUGGCAUUUGUUAUGGGUGCGCAUUCCUGGCAACGCCAGCGGGACCCCGAUCUAGUCCCUGUUUUGGUCCAGCGCAUCUACUACGUGGCCCGUUUUAGGUGCACAGGGUACAGACACACGUAAACAGACAAACACGGUGACGCAAGACUCAUGAAUUUGCUUCCGCGCACCCUUAAAAGUGAUUGACGUCAGAAACUGUCUGGCAUGUUAUGACAUUCGACGUUUUAGUCCCCUCCGAAAGAAAUGCGCUAACAUGGACUAAGUCCUUCUUGAUGGACCCUUUUGGACUCGGUUCGAAGGUUGGUACGAAUAUUUGAGCUGAAAUUGCAAAACUGGAAUACAUGCCGGAAAGCCUUAAAAUAACAACGUAUGCCACUGGACAGUGUCGAAACCGUCGGACUUCUGCAAAAAAGAGACAAAACCCUCCAUAUAAUCUUCACCAUCGCUGUCUCUCAUAGAGAAACCACCUUUCACAAAUAAGCAACACUUCAGCAUCACACAAAUAAGGUGCCGCUGAUACUCUGAUGAAGGCGAGGCUUCUAUCCCAUUAUUCCGUGCAGCAAAUCAAUGGUCGGACGUACUUGUGCCUCAGUGUUUCAUACAAACCCAUCUAUGCCCUAAGAAGAAAGUUUCGACCACUGAAACAGCAGUUUCAUUAGUCUGAGCUUUCAGACUUAUCAUUACUAUUUUUAGAAUGUGUCAUUACAGCCGGCCACUCAUGUUGUUGGUCGGUUUUCAGGUUUUUAGCCAGUGGCAAAGGUUCAACAUAACGAGUGAGAUUUACUUCGGUCUGUUCAUGAACCCCUGGCCUGUUUAUCAACCUCUGGCUUUGUCUAAAUUCCGCUAGACGUCUUUGUGUCUGCCCAAACCACGGGGUCAUCCGGCCAAAUUUACGAGCAAAGUGGUUGAUGAUCCUCAGUUUUUAAUUUCUCCCCGUCUUAUAUGUUUUGUGGUUUCUCACACAGACCUUUUACUUUCUCACACAGCGAAUGUCACCGAUUCAAGCAAAUCCUACAAGCCUGAGCUUGCCUUUAUCAACUACACAUAUAAGGCCUUCGAUGGUUGGCCGAGCUGUGAUCGAAGACUCACGCGCCAAGUCAACCGACCUCAGCGGCUCUACCCCCAGCACCCGGACGCACAUUACUGUCCUCAGGUUCCACUUCAGGCUCAAAACGGCGGUGAACGAUGA